AUGCUCGCCGUGCCUACGCCCUCUACAUCGCGGUUCCAGCGUUCGUUGUACGACGUGGACCGCACCAAGCCCUCUCCGUUCGCAUGGAGGUCGGACGCGCAACCGCGCCGCUGGGUGCGCAGGAUGGGUCUGAUCGAGUCGUUCUUCAACACCAUGGCUACGCUGCACGAGGGACGCACCGACAUCUUCUACCGCAUUCCUCUCAGCUGUCCCGCUCAGGCGUACGAACAUCUCGCGCGACGCCUGCCGCUUGUGUGGGCGAUCCUUUGCCGUCGCCACCCGCUGCUGGGCGCUCACGUCGAGACGCUCACACCGGGGGGCACUCGCAUCGAUGCGAAGCAAGCUGCAGCUACUCGCCACACGGGCGAAGCCGCCGACGACGGCUCGAUCUCGUUUGAGCCGCAUUUCGUCUUUGAUGCCAUUGGCUCGGCCUCGGAUCUGCUCGAAACCGCGUCCAAGCGAGUCGCCUUUCUGCCGCCAUCUUGGUCCGAAGAUCCAGAGCUGCAAGCUUCUGAAUCAGGCUCGACCGCGACUCGAAGUGACCGGGUGGUCAGCUGGCUCGACCGCUACGUAUGGAAUGGCAAGCGCCGCUUCCUCGAGCAAAACACUCCCUUUGGACUCGCCAAGCUUAUCCUGCUCCCACCAGCUGCAACAGACACUGCAGGGGACACGGUCAGCUUUGACCUGGUCCUGUGCUCCGCACACUGCAUCUCGGACGGGCUUAGCAUCUCGGACCUCGCCGGCGAACUUGUGCGUCUCCUCGCGUGCUCUGAGCUUCCGACGCAGCUCCCCGAGCUCGAGCACCGCACCGAGUCGUCGGUAGGGGUCCCAGGUCUCAGCACGGCGAGAUACGCUCAAAUUAGCCCUCAGAUGAAGCACGCCGUUCGAACUGGCCUGCUACGUGAGCAACACCGGGACAGCGGCCUCAGCGAUGACGGGACUAUCCACGACGCCGAGUGGAUGGCGCUGCUGCCUGCUCCCAUCGAAGCGGCGUAUCCGGAGCUGCUCCCACCAUCAGCCUCCACGGCGGGCGCAGCAGGAUCGAAUGCCGAGCGGUCAAGGCUAGCACGCGCGCGAUGGUUCUGGACAAUCCGCCGGGUCGUCGUCCAGAUCCGCGCUGCCAAGGCGGAGAGCGCGGUGCUGUCGGACUUUAAAGCGAACCGCACGGACAAGUCGGUCGAGGAGCCAUGGUGGGGUGCACAGACAAGGUGGUCGGCAGUGCGCCUGUCUGCAGAGGACACCUCGGCUUUGACGCGAGUGGCUAAGCGCAAGGGCGUCCGAGUCGGAUCGCUGCUGUACUCGGUCGCUGCUUGUGCACUCAACACGCUCGAGAUCACGCAUACGCAGCCAGGGAGCCGCAGCGAGGAGCCCACGUCGACGGUGAUGGGCUUUCCCUUUUCGAUCCGAAGGUUCCUCGCGCCUGCUGCGGCUGACACGCAAGAUCCUUUGCUGGUAGAAUCAAGCUUCAGCGUCAAACUCAGCUUUAACGGCAUCGGUCUGCCACCUGCCUCGGUCUUCUCGCUCAACACAUGGCCCAGCGAAGCAUCCGAGUUGUUGUCGUUGAGCGGGUUUGAAUGCGCGCAGCUCUGGCAGACGGCGCGUCAGGUGCAGCGGCAGUUCAAUGCCAUCUUCCACGAGCCACGCUUCAUGCACGCCGACGGCUUCCUGACGGCGCUGGAGCGCGAGAUGCGCUUCCGCAAGAACGGCGUCAAGGACGUCUUCCAGGUGUUCAAGGACGAUGGGCCCGCCGGCGCCGACGAGCGCACGCCCGGUCUGGCCAAGAAGAACAUGCAGGGCCCCGGCUCGUCGCUCAACUUUAGCAUGGUCGGUCUGCUGGACACUGCGCUGCCUUCGCGGUUGGAGCUGAUUCUGCCAGCAGCUGACGCCGCACAAGCAUGCCAGGCGGUGCUCGAGGUGCGAGACGAUCUUCUAUUUGGUGUGCGCACAAGAGCCGGCGAGGCGUUCGGCACAUCGUUCACCUUCCGCGGGCAGCUGAGCCUCGAGCUCGGCCACGACACGGUCGUGUGGGAUACGGCCAAGGUGCUCGACUAUCUCGGUCUCAUGAAGACCAUCUUGGAGGCGCUGGCGGCUGCGCUUCUGGCAGAGCGUCGUGUGGAGCUGACGACGGCUUCUGUCGCUCAGGCCAGAAAGUGGCACUCGCUCUCUCUCUCUCUCGAGAAACACACUGACGCGGCCACGCAGCUUCUCCACCAUCCCUUUCGCAUCGCUAUCCCAUCGCCUCCCCCGACUCGCACGCUUUUCCUGCACUUCACACCCACAUCGCUUUUGCCAGCUCUUCUGCCAGACACACCGCUGCUCGCCAUGUCGCUCUUUGGCACGUUUCCCGGCUCGUCGCGCGGGCCAGCACACGCCGCUGCGCCCAAGGACCACGUCGUCGGUCAUCAAUUCUCGCCCUACGACUCGAACGGUGGCAGCAUUGCGGCCGUAUGCGGGAGCGACUUUUGCGUGAUUGCAUCCGACACUCGUCAGAGCACGGGGUACAACAUCCAGACGCGCUACAAGCCCAAGGUGUUCCGACUGAACGACAAGGCGACGCUGGCGACCAACGGGUUCGCGGCGGAUGCGGAGGCGCUCGUGUCGCGCAUCCGUCAGCAGCUCGAGAUGUACCGUCAUGCACACGGCCGUUCCAUGCCGCUGCACUCGAUCGCACGCAUGAUCUCCACCAUGCUCUACGGCAAGCGCUUCUUCCCCUACUACGUCUACAACAUCCUCGGCGGGCUCGACGAACAGGGCAAGGGCGCAGUGUACUCGUUCGACCCCGUCGGAAGCUACGAGCGCGAGUUCUGCCGUGCUGCAGGUGCUGCCCAGUCGCUCAUCCAGCCGUUCUUUGACAACCAGAUCAUGUUUAGGAACCAGUCCGACACGCCGGAACGCAAGGUUCCUACUCCGGGACAGAUGACCCUCCCCGAGGUGCUCAAGAUCGUCAUCGACUCGUUCACUUCCGCCACUGAACGUCACAUCGAGGUGGGCGAUGGUCUCGAGGUGUUUGUUGUUCGCACGCCUGCCGCCGCAGCGUCCGCAGAGGGCGACCAGGCCCAGGCUGCGACGGGCGCAGCGGCCGUCGAUCUCAACACGCUCCCCUCCGACGCGCCCUUCAGCGUGGCAGAAGCCGUGGGCGGCGAAGACGAGCAGCAGCCCGGCGCCGUCAUGGUCAUCAGGAGAGAACUCAAGAAGGACUAG